GAGAGCGGCUUGCUGGCCGAGGGCACGGAGGCUGAGCUGAGCUGGGUGCACGCCAUCGUGACGGGCCUCAACUACCACUACGCGCGGAGCUGGUCUGCCGCCCCUGAGGCGCCACCGAGUGCCGUGCAGCGUCAGGCGCUUAGCAACUUGCUGUACGAAGUUCGAGUCUUCUGUGAUCAGUGCUCGGGGCCGAUACCCAUCGUGGACUGGGAGUCGGAGUUGACCGCGGCGGCCACCUCAUAUGAUGGCGAGGAGGUCUGCCCAGCCGAGCCGCUCGACAGGACGAGGUUGCUGGAGGCGCUGCCGCCGAUCGAUGCCUGCGCAACGGUCAAAGCCGUAGACGUCACCGAGGGCUGGAUCCAGGUGUGGGCUUCCACUUCAGAGUGGGAGCUGAUCGCGGGCGACCUCGUCACGCGUGGCAUCCUGAAGCCCAUUGAGUACGACGAGAUCGUGGAGGUUAGAGGCCAGACAAUCAGGGGCGGCAUGUUCGGCGCGAAGAAGGGCUCCCACGUGAAGGGCGAGGGUCCCCAGAGAUUGGUGAUGAACACAAUCCCGUCCAACUUCCUUCAGCAUGCCAUUGAGGGGGACAUGCCUCUGCCCCCCCACGGCCACAAGUGGAAGAGCAUCGUGCCGCGCUCAUGGGAUGUCUUGCUUUGGAGCGCGGAGGACCUGAAGUGUUGCUUCUACGUGUACAGCUUGUGCGACGCCUGGUUGAAGUACAUGGCCAUCUCCAAGCCGGUGCGGCGUGCCGUUGUCGGUCUCCCUGGCGAGGGGCUGGCGUAUCUGGCGGCCGCCGAGUCAUUCAGCACAUCCAUCGCCGUCUGCUUCGAUCGUGGCAUUCUCGGCUUCAACAGCUGGCUGCUUGCGAGGAGCUUCGCGAAGAUGCUCCCAUACCUCCUGCGCGUCGGGCUUCCCUUGACGGUUGGCGAAACCUACGACGACGGCAAACCCGAGAUCUACGUCGGCCGCGGCUCCUCGAAGCUGAACCUGAAGGCGUCCGCCUGGGGCAGCCCGCACCGCAUGAGCGAGGGCUGUUUGCGUCAAGAGGUGGUCACCUUGUUCGAGCGAUACCUGCACGAGAACCCUCAGCUGCUGAGGGAUCUGGCAUCUCUAAACGGCGCCCGCCUUCUUUGCCACUGCGAGUGUUCGCAAGCUUGCCGCGGUGACGUGCUGAUCAAGGCGUGGAACGACAGAUUCGGCUCGAUGUCGGCGUGGCGCGCGUGGCAGGUCUACAUCGACAACCUUGACGUGCUCGAGAUCACCGAUUGGUGGCAGGCGAACCAGCUCCAGGAGAAGGGCGUGAGCGAGCUGGCCCAGGUGGCGAGAGAGAGGUACAGGAGCUUCGGGGUGCCUCGGAGUGAGAACAAGGCCGUCAUCAGGGAGGUGAAGUCGCAGUCCUUGGGGGAGGCGAUCGACGGGGCUCAGGGCACCAUCGGACCCCCCGCCCAGUUCGUGCAGCGUUUGGUCUCUCUCACCAUCGAGACGCUGAAGAGGGAGUCUGUCACACAGAAGUGGAUGAAGAUCUUGGCGGGCCGCUGGGUGCUUUGCCUACUCUUCAGGAGGGAGGCGAUGAUGUGCUUCACCGAGCUGUGGCGGUUCUUGGUCCGCAUCAAGGGCCAGGCUCCUCUGCCUGCCAAGGUCCGCGAGGAGCUCAUCGCGGCUCUGACGCUGCUGCCAAUGCUGCGCUGCGACCUGCGCGUGCCCAUCAGCGGCCUGGUGAUGGUGUCCGACGCCAGCAUGCAGAGGGGCGCAGUCUGCCGUUCCGUUCUUCUUCGGCGAACUGGAGUUGCAGCGGCAAGAGCAGCGAGCAGGAGGCUCGUGGCGGACUUCCGCGACGAGGUGGUGCUGAUCGAUGCCGAGGCGAAGCGGUCGACAAAGUACGCGUGGCCCAAGGUGCUGGAGGUUGGCGACGCGCAGUCCUUCGGGCACGCUGAGGCGAUAGCGAUCAGGGACCGCGUGCCCUACAUCAAGUGGAUCCUCCUCAUCGGCGGGGGCCCGUGCACCGACCUCGCUCGUAUCGACGUGGAGCGCGUGGGGCUUCAGGGGAGGCGCUCUAAGCUGUUCUUUGAGAUCGCACGCAUCGGCCUGCUCUUGGAGGAAGUGCUGGGCGAGUUCUACCGGUUCUUGCCUUUGAUCGAGAACGUGGCCUCGAUGGACGCCGAGCCGCGCAACGUUAUGAGCGAGCACCUCGGUCACCAGCCAGAUCGUGUCGAAGCUGGUUGCAUCGCGCACUGCUAUCGCGACCGCUUGUGCUGGAUCGACGAGAACUUGCUGUGCGAGUGGCAGGGUGACGUCUCCUUCUCCGACGGCGUCAAGAUGAUCCAUGUGCCUGGGGGUCCUGGCCCGGCGAGGCGCUGGCUGAGCCAGGAUCUCAAGUGGGCGGGAGACGCGGAUGAGCAGUUUCGGUUGCCAACAUUCCUGCGAUGGAUCCCUCGGCGCGCACCUGGGAAGUUUCCCACUGGACUACAACGUUGCUCUGAAGAGGAGCUUCAGAUAUGGCGAGAUUUCGAGUACUGCUACGCGCCAUACCAGUUUAAGGACGAGAACAGCAUCGAGGAGCCCAACAGGGUGUUCAGAUCACCCAAAAGCGUGGAGAGAGAGCUGCUUCUCGAUUUCCUGCCGGGGCACACUAUCGCAGCUCGGGUCACCAGGGCCAGAAAGCUGGAGAAGCACGAGCUGGAGGCGACUCGUUGCUCCCUGGUGGGCAACAGCUUCCAGUGCUUGGUGGUGGCGUGGAUCCUGUCGCACUGGGCGGUGAAGUUUGGGUACUUGCACACCGUUCCCUCGGUGGUUGAGAUGCGCGACUUAGGUGGCGGCGCCACGAUCGAGGAUGCCAGCGUCACCCUUGACGACGUCGGCCACGAUGAGGGCGUGCCCAUCAGGCAGCACAGCCUGGAGGAGCCGGACGCAGCGCUGGACCCGAGCAUCGUGAUCGUGGAGGAGUUGGCGCGUCGGGCUGAGGCUCGUGGCAGCGACAUCAGGCUGGACACCUUCGAGGCGAUGCGGCCAGAUCUAUGCCAGUGCGUAGACCUCGGCGCUUGCGAGCGGCAGCAGAUCAGGCCACACGUCGACACCUUCGAGCUGCAGUGGGGCGCCUCUCUCACGAUCUGGUGCAGCCGCGGACGCUCGAUCUUUAUCACACUUGACCUACUCGUGGCCGAGUGGACCGAGCGGCUCUGGACCGAGGGCCGCCCGCAAGGCCUGGCGGGCAACGCCAUGUCGGCAGUUCAGUUCUUCCUGCGAAAGAAGCGCAUCCUGCCAGCCUCUUGGCGACUGCUGCGAGCCUGGCAGAACCUCGAGCUGCCGCAGCGCGUUCUGCCUUUGCCCGAAGUGGUCCUGCUGGCGAUGGCGGCCACGGCGAGAGGCUGGGGCCGCAAUGACAUCGCAGCGCUGCUCGUGCUGGGCUUCGCAGGCUUCCUGAGGACCACCGAGAUGCUACCGCUGCGCCGGUGGCAGAUAGCUGUCGACGAGGCUCGCGCCAAAAUAGUGAUCAUUCUUCCGAUCACAAAAAGUGGCUUGCGGUUUCAUCGGCAGGAGUCAGUUGUGAUUGAUGACCCGUCAGUUGUGCAGCUUGCCAGUUUCUUGCUUCGCCAUCUGAGUCCUGAAGCUCUCAUCCUCAACUCGAGCAUCAGUGAUUUUCGUGACAAGUUUGAGCAGUUGUGCACUGCCCUCGAAUGCCAGCAGUUUCA